AUGUUUGAUCAAGCUUGUGAUGAUGCUCAAAAAUUUUGUUUGUGUGGAAGUAGUGAUGAGUCGUCGUUUAUGAUAUGCUGCGAUCAUUGCGGAAUCUGGUACCAUGGGGCGUGCUUGCAGGUUACUCGUGUCCAGGCAAAGCGUAUUGAAACAUAUGCUUGCCCUCCUUGCAUCAGCAAAGAUCCAAAUUUAGCAAUCAUAUAUCGUGCUGCGAAAAAAGAGCGAGAAAAGGGACUGAAUCAGGAGCAGCAACAUAAAGUUAGAAGAAACAGAAAUGAUAGCUCGGUAGAAAGUUCGUCGAAUCGUCCUGUAAAGGAAGAAAAUGGUUUGCUUGUUGAGACCCUCCUGUAUUAUUUCACAAUUCCUUAUCAAGAAAAUGAAUUAGAUCGUUUUAUCGUACGAGUUGAAUAUGCUGUCUAA